GGCAACACCUGGUAGGCCUCUACUUACACCAUAGUAAAAUCACAAACAUGCAGUCUUUAGCGGCUUUUAGCUAAUGUUUAGGUAAAUUAAUAUGAGGUUUUCUCAGUAGGCUAUGUGCAUCAGGACGUUCUACAUAGUUACAGAGGUAAAAAUACAUCUGAACUCUUACAUCUGUGAGCUCAGUGUAUUUUGGGCUCUUGACUCCGAGUCUAAUGGUGUCAUUUUCAGUUUGAAGUAGAGAGAGCUUGGUUAACCCAAAACUGCAUUAGCGCGUUUUAUUAAGCAAAGAUAAUGUGAAUGAGAAUUUGUUACCAAAAGGACACCGUUUAGUUAAGAAGAUAGUAAUGUUUGUUUAAGCUAAAGUCGGCGCCUCCAGAGAUUGACAGACUGACCUUUUCGUCCUUUGUUGACAUGGAAAGAACAAAUGCGUCCGGAUCAAAGAGGGCAGCCGGUGCUGCGGAGGAGAUGGGAGACAUGGCUGGCUUCGGAUAAUAAUAAGUUUGUGUUACGUGGGGACUGCACAUGCAAACCGUUUUAAAAAGAGGCUAUUAUUCGUGUUUAGUUGUGACUGAAAGAUGUGGAAUGCGUUUGGAAAUGGAUCAAGCGGGUAUGUAAGCAAGGCGCAAGGCUGGGAGUUCGUCCCGUGCUCUCGUUUAGAGAGGGGCGGUAAAAGGGUCCAGAGUCCCGCCCGGGUUCGGUCGUUCCCCAGCAACCAUCUCGAGCAGCGUCCCCCUGGACAUGCGACGGCUGCAUCCGAUGCAACUUGCGGACAGACUCCCUAUCUUGAGCUACAAAGUCAACACCCACGGCUAAAAAAUAAAUUUGAGGAAUUGAAAAAGCGCUACGAUCAGGAGAAAGAGGAGUGGAGGAUGGAGAAGGAAAAGCUUUUAAGACAAGUUGCUGAGAUACAAGGUGGGGAGAACAGAAGGAUAUUGUUGGAUCUGAAGUCAGUUUUAGAGGAGGUCCAGUCAGGGGUGAAGCGUGAAGAAAGUAAACGGAGUGAUCUGGAGCUGCAGUACAUGAAGGAUCAAUGCUCUUGGGAGCUGGAACGGGCAGAGCUGAAGAGUCGCAUAACUCAGCUAGAAACCAGGAGAUGUAACGUGGUUGUGGAGACUGUGAGGAGUCCAGAACUAGGGGGAACUCUGAAGCGGGAAAGGGAGGAACAGAAGAGGCUGCUGGCAGACACACACAGUGCAGCCAUGGACCUGCGCUUCAGGCUGGACAACAACGAGAGGGGCUGGGUGAAGGAGAAAUCUGAGCUGCUGGAACGCUUUGACUCUGAGAGGAAGGAGUGGGAGAACCAACUCAUGGAUAUGCAGCGGAAGAUUGAGGAGUUAUACGAUGAAGUGAAGGCCCACCGUGAGGGAGGUGCUCUCAGACCAAACACUGAUCCAUAUAACAGAGCCCUAAGGCUCAGUUCAUGUUCUGGUAGCAGUUUGUCGAGUGCACUAACUUACCCCUCAGAUGCACAGAGCAAUGAAUAUUCUGAAGUCCUAACCCAGCAAAGCAGUGCCAGCCUUGACUUCCCAAGUCAACCAAGUCACAACUCAUGUGAAUUCAUUGACCAGGGCAGCAACUAUCAAAACGAACUACUAAAUCAGCAAGGUACUGGGAAAUAUGAGCUUGAUGAACAACAGGCUAUAGACACUGAAGAGCUGGAAGAGCUCCUUGAAAGCUGUUUGACAAAGAAAAUUGAAAACAAGUCCUGCUUCAUUGGACAAGAUGAUCUUCUUAACCCUUUCAAAGGAUUUCAGAGCAUGGAAAUAAACUGUGGAAGUGACAUAAAGAAGAAAAAUACUGCCCUUAAUGCGGCACUCAAGGAAAUUGCCAGUGUGAGUGAGGAGCUGUGUAGCUACCAGGAUAAGAUGAGAAAGGGGCCUUAUAUUAAGAGAAGUCACACUGAGUCAAUGGUUUUUCCAGAAGAGGCUGGGAUGGUUGAGGAGGUAAAGGGCAAAUUGGAAAAGGAUGACGCAUAUGUCCUGCUGAAAAACUUGAGUGAAGAUCUUAAAUCCAUUGAUGAGCAAUACUGGAUGGACUGGGAAGGUUUUAACAAGAAAGCAAAGCAAACUCAGAGUGAUGCUGAGCCAUUUGUGAAUAGGAGACAAGCCCCACCCAUCCCAGCCCGCAGUACAUCUUGGUACCUAAGCAGUCCCUCUGUUGCAGAAUUAGAGUACAGUGGCACAGAAGCCCUCACAUCCGGAGGGUGUCAAAGGCCAGGAAUCCAUCAGGACAGAAGGUACAACAGCCCUGCAAUUGUCCGAAAAUUUGAGGCAAUGCUUCAAGAGAAUGAGGGGAAGAUUCUGGACUCUGUGAAUGUAGUCUGCACCAUGCCUGUCGAUUCCAAGUGCAAUGGCAGCUGUUGCCAGAGCCGCUGGUCUUGUGAUGGCCGUAGACUUGUCAGCAACAAAUCAUCCAAGUAUGUACCUUUUAAGAGAUGUCACUCCAAUGUUGAUAUUGCAGCUGCAGAGCACAGUCUAAACCAGAUAGUUUCAGAAAACAAUUCCGACGAUCUCAAGGGUGCAACACAUCCCAUGAACUUGACUCACUUGCCUACAGACUGUGCUACAUCGCUGGACAUUGUUUCACCAUAUGCCAGUGCUUCAGCUACUCACAUAAAUGAGAGACUUGAGCAGAAAACAGCAGAGUUCAAUCGUACGCUCUUCCAGGCAGGAAUGGGUCUUCAGUGUGAUGAAGACAAUUGUAUGAAUGUAUCCAUUGAUUGUGGAUAUGCUUGGAGUCCAAGUCAACCAGUGUCCAUUUCAAAGGAUAGUUGUACAGACAGUCCAUCAUGGUACGUUCAGGACAAUGCGAAAGAUGUGCUCUCGGAUCUUGUGGCACCACCAUGCCCAAAAGAGAUGAACCCUGACAAAUCAAAGCAGUUAAAGAGAGAAACAAAGGACAUUGUUUCGAACUCUUCAUCUCUACAGCAGGAUGGUAGUCUACAAGAAUUACCUGUAGGCCAGACAGAUCAUGCAGGUAUUGGGCAUAAGGAUUUAUCCUCCAUGCAAGACAAUGAAGUUAAACCUUUAUGGACUAUUCACAGCCCGCCAUCCCCAGUUGCCCAGUUUUACCCAAGUACGAAACACUUUGAAUUGAGUGUAACACCACCACAAAUGAAGAUCCAUAAAGAAAGUCCCAGCAAAUUUUUUGAUUUUGGUACAGACCAACAUCAAGCAGACACAAAAUCUAAACAGGCAAAGCAGGACACAUGUAAAACCAGGUCUCGGAUUCUAGAUGAAAAUCCAUGGAAGCCGUCUACACUUGCAGCCUAUCCUCGGCCAUUGGAGUCUAGGUCCAACUAUGGAGCUGUUGAGAAGAUUCUAAAAAGUUAUGAGAAUAUGGAUAGGUCUCAGGAGCAGCAGCAGUCACAGUCCAGUCCAGGGAAAGAGGAAGACCUCAUGGACCUCUUGGAAAUGCUGGAUAUCCGACAUAAGUCCAGAUCCAAUCAAAGACUAACACAUACACCACACCACCAGGUCAUAGCCCACAAAGAGACACAUGUAACGGUGCAGCAAAGCAAAGAGUCAACUGUAACUAUCAAGAAAAGCUUUUCACGACCUGCAUGCCCUGCAAAGAGACGUUUGCCCUCCCGUUGGGCUAGUCGUUCAUCCACCUCAUCUGCGUCUUCUCCCUCACCUCCUCCAACAACACCACCCACUGUCUUCACCCAGCAACAAACACUCACCUACUCCACCUACCACACAGAGACAGUGAUCUAAUGUCCAAUGCCUUUAAAGCUCCAAAUGUUGUCAUCAUGUUCUUGCCUGAUUAUCUUUGUAAAUACCAAAAAUGACUGUUAGUUCAACCGAUUCAUGUUUUGUUUACAUGUCUGUAGCCAUAAAAUGCAACUGCCUUUCUCAUCAUUUUUAAUUGUUUUACAUUUACAAGUACAAAGACGCUUUCUUACAAGCGUGAUCUUCAAGUGCAAAAUGAAUGUGUUGUUUUCUGUUUUCGUAAACCAGUAUAUUUUAUAACUGCAAGCCUGUUAUCAUACAGUAUGUGUGAGGUCUGAUGUGAUUGAGAAUAUCAAAGCACUGUAGUUCUGCUUAUUUCACUUGAAACGGUUUGUUAUACUUUUACCAACAUUAACCAAAAAGAUUGACUUGUAUUAUUACGAAAACAAAUCAUUUCUGAAGUCAGUUUACAGGUCAGAUGUAAGACAUAUCACUUAGAUAAUGCCUUUGCAGAUCUUUUUUAAAAUUAAUUACACAAAUGAAACUGUAUUUAGCAUUUAUAAGAAAGAAUAAAUAAAAUAUUGA